AAGAGCGGAAGGACCCGAAGGACCGGACCCAGUUCCGUUCCGUGCCGUGGCAGGAGGGCGCCCUUCGACGCCUAUUAGGCAGCGGGCCUCGAUCCGGACACAGUAGUCUGUCUCAACGUUCAGGCACAGGCAGCGGAUUGUUCCUCGAGGCCCUCCAGCAGCAGCAGCAGGAGAAGCGAACGAGAGCGCGAGCGAGAGUCAUGAAGGCGGCGGGUGGCGGCGGCGAGAGUGCCCGGCCCAGUAAGAAAGCGAAGAAAUCGUCGGGCAAAGCCAAGGAAACCUACGAUGCGCCUCCGGAAGACCUUGAUGAUGACGAUGGAGAAUAUUACGAAGAGGGUGGCGAGCAGGAAGAGAAAAUCGAGAAAAAGGAUUUUACGAAAUUGGAGUUGAAGCCGGACCAUUCGAAUCGGCCACUUUGGGUGUGCGCUGAUGGGCACAUUUUUUUGGAAACUUUUUCUCACCUGUACAAACAGGCCUAUGAUUUUCUCAUCGCUAUUUCAGAACCCGUUUGCAGACCGGAGUCCAUGCACGAGUACAAUUUGACUCCUCAUUCUCUUUACGCGGCAGUUUCAGUUGGAUUAGAAACAGAGACUAUCAUAACUGUUUUGGAUAGACUAAGCAAGACAAAGCUUCACAAGGAGAUUAUCGAUUUUAUUCGCGACUCCACUUUAAAUUACGGAAAAGUGAAGCUCGUAUUGCAAAAGAAUCGGUAUUUUGUGGAGUCCCCAAUGCCAGAGGUAUUGCAGAAGCUUCUGCGUGACGACGUCAUAGCCCGUGCGAGGAUUUCUGCUGCUGAUCCUAACGCGAAAGACGGUAAUUCGUCUUUCCAUGUUAGCAAAGCACCGUUAGAACAAGGGGGAAAUGAUCUACUUGGAGCAGAUGAGCUUGCGGCUGCUGCUGAGGAGAAAGAGAUGCAUUCUUUUGAAGUCGACCCUGCACAGGUGGAGCAUGUAAAACAGCGAUGCCUUCCGAAUGCUCUCAAUUAUCCCAUGUUGGAGGAGUAUGACUUCAGAAAUGAUACCAUCAAUGCGGAUGUAGCUAUGGAGUUGAAACCACAGGCCCAACCUCGACCUUAUCAAGAGAAGAGUCUGAGCAAAAUGUUUGGAAACGGUCGUGCAAGAUCUGGCAUCAUUGUGCUACCUUGUGGAGCGGGAAAGUCGUUGGUGGGGGUUUCUGCAGCUUGCCGUAUUCGCAAAAGUUGUCUUUGUUUGGCAACGAAUGCAGUGUCAGUUGAUCAAUGGGCUUUCCAGUUCAAGCUGUGGUCUACCAUCAGAGAUGACCAAAUCUCCCGAUUCACAUCGGACAGCAAGGAAAGAUUAAGGGGCAAUGUUGGUGUUGUCGUAACAACUUACAACAUGGUUGCUUUUGGAGGCAAACGUUCAGAAGAGUCACAGAAGAUCAUUGAAGAGAUACAAAAUCGAGAGUGGGGACUACUUCUUAUGGACGAGGUGCACGUUGUACCAGCUCAUAUGUUUAGAAAGGUCAUCAGCAUUACCAAGUCUCAUUGCAAACUCGGACUUACCGCUACACUGGUGCGAGAAGAUGAGAAGAUUAGUGAUCUCAAUUUUUUGAUCGGCCCCAAAUUGUAUGAAGCAAAUUGGCUUGAUUUGGUCAAAGGUGGGUUCAUUGCCAAUGUGCAAUGUGCCGAAGUGUGGUGUCCAAUGACGAAGGAGUUCUAUGCGGAGUAUCUGAAGAAGGAAAACUCGAGAAAGCGUCAGGGCCUCUACGUCAUGAAUCCAAACAAGUUUCGAGCAUGUGAAUUUCUUAUCCGGUUUCAUGAACAACAGCGUGGAGACAAAAUCAUUGUCUUUUCAGACAAUCUAUUUGCUUUGCGCGCAUAUGCCCAGAAGCUGCGCAGACCGUUUAUAGAUGGUCCUACCAGUCAUCACGAAAGGACACGUGUUUUGCAGGCUUUCAAACACAGCACUGAAUUGAAUACUGUCUUCUUAUCCAAGGUAGGAGACAAUUCUAUCGAUAUUCCGGAAGCUAAUGUUCUCAUCCAAAUCUCAUCACAUGCUGGUUCACGAAGACAAGAAGCCCAACGUCUAGGACGUAUUUUGCGUGCCAAGGGCAAGCACAAGGAUCGAAUGGCCGGAGGAUCAGAGGAGUUCAAUGCUUUCUUUUACACUCUGGUCUCCACAGAUACGCAAGAGAUGUAUUACUCCACAAAAAGGCAACAAUUUUUGAUUGAUCAGGGAUACAGUUUCAAGGUCAUUACAAGUUUACCUCCAGAAGGUUCAGGUCCGGAGCUUAGUUUCUACAGUCGGGCAGAUCAGCUGGAUCUACUUACUAAGGUACUUAAUGCCGGCGAGGAGGCAGCCGGAGUAGAAGAGCUGGAGGAGGAUGUAGAUGAUAUCACUCGAUUCCGAACUCGUCGUACUCAAGGGCAGAUGAGCCGAUACUCGGGUGCCGAUGGUAUGAUGUACAUGGAGUACAGUACUGGUAAGGGUCGUGGAGGGAAAGCAAAGGCUCGAGAUCCCAACAAGCCCCGACACAACUUGUUCAAGAAGAGGUUCGUUUGAGGCGUUUUGGACGACAUCAACAAACACAAUACUGAAGUGUUUAUUGAACCGACGGCAGGGUUUGUCAAAUAUAGGAGCAUUCGAAGUUUUGACGUUGGAGGCAAAUGUCUAGCAGGAGUUCACAAUUUAUUGGUUAUCCUGUCUGGACGAAUAAUGAGAUCUAUGUUCAGCUCAAACGAAGAGCUCAACGUAUUGAGGAAAGCUCAUUGAAGGUGGACAGUAUCGGGGCUUUGCACCUAAAUGUUUUUAGAAUCUUCAGCAAAUUUUAGCUACCUUUGAGUUACCAACACGUUGCGGAUUUUUUACCAUCAGUAGUGUAGAACAACAAGCGUGCCAACGCAAGCUUUGUACAUAGAUACGUAGGUUUAGACGUUUAUUUCCGCUACUUUGAUGCGAGAUUUUGCAGGCAGCCUGAAUUAUUUGCCUUCCGUAAUUUUUCGAAACAUGAAAAGUUAAUAACAAUUCAUGUUUUACGAUUUCACAAAAUCACAUCGAAAAUCAAAUUCUACUGUUCCC